CAAUAAGCGGGAGAUGGAGGGGCAGACGUGAAUUUUUACCGGCACAACUCCCGCCUUUAUCAAUUCCUGCUUUUCGGGCUCCUACUUUCUUCUUCCUUAACUCCAUUUCCGACGUCUCCAAUGCCGUCGCGAACCGCCGUCGCCGCCGCCGCCGCAUCUUCACCGCAGUCUCUCCAUCUUCUCCUUCGACGCCGCCUUCUCCUCCUCCGGCUGCGCAGCUCGAACUGAGACAAACCCACGAUCGGAAAAAUGGAGAUGCAGCAGCUCCUGAGCAUGGGCUUCUCCAGCGAGCUGGCCGCCGAAGCCCUCGCCGCCACCGGCGGCAAUUCCACCCUCCACGCCACCGAGUGGAUCCUCGCCCGGCGGCCGCCGUCCUCGUCCUCUCCGGACGCCGCCAGCCCUAACCCUAGCGCUAGCGCCGGCGGCGGCCCCAAUCCCAGCCCCAGCCCGCCCCCGUUUCAGCCCAAGCUCGACCGGUUCUUCCACUUCAACUCCAAGCCCUCCUCCAACAAUCCUUCGCCCCCUUCUCCUCCGCCUCCUCCACCGCCGCCCCGGGCCGAGGCGCGGCCGCGGGACGACGGCUCCCCGACCUCGACUCCCCCCGAUUCCAAGCGUCCCAGGCUCCUUUUGCCGCAGCACCCGCAACCCGCUGUUCCCAGAGGGGCGCCGGAGAGGAAGGGCUCGCCGCCGCACCAACCCUUGGCGGAGCGGAUGCGGCCCCGGACCGUCGACGACGUCGUCGGGCAGGAGCAUUUGCUGGGCGGGAGCUCGCUCCUGCGCUCGGCGAUCGCGGCCGAUCGCCUGCCCUCGAUCGUGCUCUGGGGUCCUCCAGGUACCGGCAAGACCUCCAUAGCUAAGGCCAUUACGAAUUCCUCUUCGAGGGGGUCGGUGUAUAGAUUCACUUCUCUGUCUGCUGUGACUUGUGGGGUUAAGGAAGUGAGGGACGCGGUGGAGGAGGCGAGGAAGGCGAGGGUCAAGGGUAAUAGGAGGACUGUGCUGUUUGUGGACGAGGUUCAUAGGUUCAACAAGUCGCAGCAGGACUCGUUCUUGCCCGUGAUCGAAGAUGGGAGCAUCGUGUUCAUGGGGGCCACCACGGAGAACCCGUCUUUCCAUUUGAUCACGCCCUUGUUGUCGCGCUGCAGGGUCCUCACACUCAACCCUCUGAAGCCCCAUCACAUAGUGUCGCUCCUUGAGCGGGCGAUAGGCGAUUCAGAGAAGGGGUUAGCGAGGAGUGUUGAUAUGAAUGUCGAGGCGAAGGAGGAUGCAGUCGAGUUUCUGUCCACUAAUUGUGAUGGUGAUGCCAGGGUGGCACUGAAUGCCUUGGAGAUUUCGGCCAUAACUGCUGCUACACGGGUGUCCAAGCAGCAGCUGAAAUUGAAGGGCGGGAGCGAAAGCUCUGAUGGCAAUUUGUUGGCAGAUGUGGAAAAUGGGAUUGGUCCAACUGCGGCAAUCGUUACGCUGGAUGAUGUGAAGGAGGCACUCCAGUGUAAGCACCUAGCUUACGAUAAAGCUGGAGAUGAGCAUUACAAUCUAAUUAGUGCACUCCACAAGUCUAUGAGGGGAAGUGAUGCGAAUGCUGCCAUCUACUGGUUGGCGAGAAUGCUGGAAGGGGGCGAACAGCCUCUUUACAUUGCCCGGCGACUGAUCAGGUUUGCAAGCGAGGAUGUUGGUUUGGCCGACCCAUUGGCUCUUAAUCAGGCCGUUUCUUGUUACCAAGCUUGCCAUUUCAUAGGGAUGCCAGAAUGCAACGUGAUUCUUGCACAGUGCGUCGCCUACUUGGUUGCUCCGAAAUCAAUUGCUGUUUAUCGAGCAAUGGGAGCUGCACAGAAGGCAGUGAGAGAAUCUGUGGGGCAAAACGAGGGAGUCCCGCUGCAUCUGAGAAAUGCGCCUACCAAGCUGAUGAAGGAAAUCGGAUAUGGGAAAGGCUACAUAUAUACUCCUGAUGAUCCUCAGGCAGCGCAAAGCUACUUGCCACCCUCACUUCAAGGGUACAAAUUCCUGGACUGGCCAAGUACUAAUACACAUGAGAAAUGAGGAGCUCUUAAGCUCCCGCUGAGCAGUCUUUUUGGAACUGUAAAUUUUGCUCGUUAGUCACUUUUAUUAAUUCCUAAAUUGUGUGGUCGAACAAGUUCAUAGCCUCUUUUGCCAUCGCGUUUAUAAUUGCGUUGUUUGUUUUGGAGUAGGUUGAUAAAAGCACUGUUAAGUAUCUUAAGACUGUAAUUAGAAAUUUACGAAGUAGGAUGCUGAAUGUGCGGACUCUUUCCCAACUACAGUUUGUGCUCAUAUACUAGUACUAUCCUACUCCUUUUAAGACAGUUUGACAACUGAGACAUUUAUCUUCUCA